UCCUUUAAUACUGUCAGUACAUCUUUAUAAACCCAACCAUAAUGUUUUGCAGCUCAAAUCGUUUCAAGCAUAGACAAAUAGGUGGUAGAAAACUCCCCAAGCGGCUUAAUGUAACCAUUUUACCAAUGGAUCAUCCCUUUUUAGCCGAUGUCAAUGGAACCUCCCAGCUGAACAAUGGAAAUCCCGUGGCAAUGAUGAAUGUACCAGACAUAGGUCAAUCUUCUGGCUCUGGUGCUAGCGAAUCUGAGGGCCCUGCUGCUAAGACAAGAAAGUUAUCUGAUGGGACAUCAGAGGCUAGAAGCAUCUCACUUCUCCAGACACGCCAGUUGUUGUAUCAUUCUCGCACACUUCAGCCAAAAACUGCAUGUUCUGUGACAAAGGCGCCUAUGACGACUCUUGAGGAAGUAAUGUCUGAUCGAGACAGCGAAGACGAAGUCGAUGAAGAUGAAGCCGACUCCAGCGAUCGUCAUAUGAUUGAUGAUUGUGAGGAUUUGAGCCCGACUACAAAAGAAUUUAUUCAUCUUUGGCACUCAUUUGUAAGAAAGCAAAGGGUUACCAAGGAUGGUCAUGUUCCCUGGGGAUGUGAAGCGUUUUCAAAGUUUCACAAGAAAGAGUUUUUCGAAUCUAAACCACUCCACUCAUGCUGGAGAAUGUUUAUGAUCGAAGUGUUGGAAGAUGACCUUCUCGACGCUGUCACCGUCAACAAGUGCAAUCUCAUAAUCAAGGAUAGCGAAGAUGACCACUCAGACAACACCAACAACAGUAACAGUGUAGAUUAUGAUGUUGACAAUAACGGAGUGGAUCUUAGCAUUGACCUAGAGAGGAACAGUGCGAUGGAUGUUAACAAUAACAGUGUGGAUCGUGGCAUUGACCUAAACAGGAACGUUACGAUGAAUGUUAACACUGGCAGUGUGGAUCGUCGCAUUGACCUAAACAGGAACGAUGUAAUGGAUGUCAAUGACAGCUAAGACAAGUAAUAGGAAGAAACUAAAGAACCCUUUUGAUCGGGCAAACUCUCUCAAUUUCUUUUAGGACAAUUAAGACUUUUUAAUCUACAAACUGAUGCAGACAUUAAACUAAGUUUGUUUCAUAGAGCAGAGAAAUUUAGUUUU